AUGGCCCUGGUGAUGAAUCUGCAGCUGCUGACUCUCUGGCUGGUGUGUCACGCAGACAUCACUCCAACUGUCCCCCCAGCCUCAUACCCCAAGCCGUGGCUGGGGGCUCAGCCAGCUGCAGUUGUGACCCCCGGGGUCAACGUCACUUUGAGGUGCCAGGCACCCCAGCCCACCUGGAGGUUUGCACUCUUCAAGUCUGGAGAGAUUGCUCCUGUGCUUUACCGGGAUGUAUCUGCGGCGCUGGCGGAGUUCUUCCUGGAGGAGGUGACCCCAGACCAGGGGGGCAAUUACCGCUGCUGCUACCAGAGGCUAGACUGGGGACCAGGUGUCUGGUCCCACCCCAGUGAUGCCCUGGAACUGCUGGUGACAGACGAGCUGCCGCGCCCGUCGCUGGUGGCGCUGCCCGGGCCGGUGGUGGCGCCCGGGGCCAACGUGAGCCUGCGCUGCGCCGGCCGCCUGGGGGGCAUGAGCUUCGCGCUGUACCGCGAGGGCGUGGCGGCCCCGCUGCAGUACCGCGACUCGGCGCAGGCCUGGGCGGACUUCCCACUGCUCGGCGCCCGCGCGCCCGGCACCUACAGCUGCUACUACCACACGCCCUCCGCCCCCUACGUGCUGUCCCAGCGCAGCGAGCCGCUGGUCAUCAGCGCGGCCGGCUCGGGCUCCUUGGACGACACCCAGGGCAACCUCGUCCGCCUGGGGCUGGCGGGCCUGGUCCUCAUGGCUCUGGGCACGCUGGUCGUUUUCGACCGGCGCAGCCAGAAUCGCGCCCCUCGUUAUCAUCUGGGCCUGAGCCUCAGGGGACAGAGAAGACUUCCCAGAGAGGAUGGUGAAGAAGCUGGAAUCUCUUGGGUUGGACCGCCCUUCCAGGAGACCCACAGCCCUCCCCGCUGA